AUGGCCCUGAUCUCCCCCGCGUCCACCGAGGACGCGCCCGCGUCGGUCGCGGGCGUGCCGCUCCGCAAAAUUGCCGUCGGCGGCGUGUCCGCCGAGUUCCCCGCCUUGCUCGUGGACUGCUACCAGUACAUCCUCGACCACGGGUUGGUCGAGGGCAUCUUCCGCGUCAGCGGCUCCAUCAAGCGCAUGCGGGACGUGACGGCCAACUACGCGGCGUACCGCGACUGGCUUGCGCACGGCAGCCCGUCGCCGCACGACGUGUCGGGCGUGGCCAAGAAGUUCACGCGCGACUAUCUCGCCAGCAUGGGCGGGCUUUUCCCGCCGCCGGUGCUCGCGCAGCUCCGGGCGCUCUUUGCGGCGCCCGCGCCGCCCGGCAGCACGCCCAGCCUCGAGUCGUGCCGCAGCACGUCCACGUCGUGCAGCUCGGGGCUCGAGUCGGUCUUGGAGGAGGCCGCUGAGAACACUUACCCGGCGCCGCGCAGCGUGGCGGACACGCUCGACGCGGUGGCCGUGCUCCUCGUGUCGAAGAACCUGGCGCGCAAGAACGCCGUGUUCAUCUACUACUUGUCCGUGUUGAGGUGCGUGCUGGCGCACCAGGACGAGACGCGCAUGCCCAACGCCAACCUCGCCAUCGUGUUCCAGCAGUAUCUCUUCGAGACCUGGGUCGUGGCCGAGCUCCAGCUGUACCAGGGCCUCCUCAAGUUCUUGUUGGACCACUACGACACGUUCGUCGCCAAGUACCGCCUGAGCUUGGCGCUCCUCGGCGGCAUCGACGAGCCCGCCCCCGCGGCGGACGCCGGCUCCGUGCACUCCUCCGAGCCGGUGUCCUCGUCGCCGUUGACCGAGUACUCGCUGCACCAGGCGUCGCCGCCCAAGUUCUCCGUCUACGGCUCGCCCGAGGGCGGCCGCUCGUCGCUUUCGCAGAAGUUCACCUCUCUCUGGGAGGCCUACGCCACGCCCGCGAGCCGCGCCAGGCGCUUCUCCUUCAUGUCCCGCGGCUCGGGCAGGUCGUGCGACCGGCUCCCCUUGGACCCGGACCCGCUGCCCACGGCGGGGCCGGCCUGCUCCAAGGUGACCCUAGCCGCAGCCCAGCACCAGGUGAUAUCCGAGUCCGGCGAGCCAUUCCCGGGGCCCUCGCCGCAGGACACCGAGCCCCGGCAGACGGCGCCAGGCACCACCAGCCGCACCAGUUUCAUGGUCUUCCUCGAGGCCGCCAACGACUUGGGGGCGCCUCCCAAGUGGGCCAAGCAGCCCGUGCGUGCCGAGCCAGCGGGGCCGCGCGCCGCGAGCCACUCGCCGGACAGCCUACCGCGCGACCACAACCCACCUUCGUUCCCAGGCGCCGCCAAGCGCCAAUCCAUAGGCCGCAGGUUCUCGCUCUGGCUCCACAAAAAGUGA